AUGGACCCAACAAAAUUUGGCGUCUCGUCCAUCCCCCUGAACCACGCCCCGUACGGGCCCAUCACGGAUGAGAAGCUCAAAGGCUUGAACCAGGGCAAGGUUGCCCUCGUCACGGGCGGUGCGAGAGGAAUUGGACGGGCGAUAUCCGAGAAACUGGCCCUCUCGGGCGCCAACGUCGCGAUCCUAGACCGUCUCGAGCACGAACUCGCUGAAAGCAAGGCCCGGUGCGAGAUGUACGGUGUCAAGGUUAAGACUUAUGUGGUGGAUGUCACGGACGUGGGCGGGCUGAGGGGCGUCUUGAAGCAAGCGGAGGAGGACUUGGGGCCGAUUGACAUCCUGGUGAACAACGCCGGAGUAUCGCCUGGAAGACCACAAUGGAUGGAAAGCUUUGAGGAUUUCUGGAGGACCAUCGAGAUCAACUUCAAGAGCGCAAUGGUCACAACCUGGGCUCUUCUGCCCCAGCUCCGCGAGCGGAAAUCCGGCGUCAUCAUCAACAUUGCAUCUCGGGCAGCCACGGUCGACUUCCCCUUUGCCAUCGGGUACAAUUCCUCAAAGGCGGCCGUCGCCCGCGCGACCUCGACCUUGCAGGAAGAAAUCGAACUUGACGGCCUGGGCGACGGGAUUCAGAUGUAUGCGCUGCACCCUGGAGGCGUGCCCACGGCCAUGUCAAAGUCCGAAGUCCGCAUGGACCUCCUCGGAAAGUACCCCUCUCUCACGCAGCACGGGACGGACUUCCAGGCCCUGUUCAAGGACCCGCCGGAGCUGUGCGGCGCCACUUGUGCUUACCUGGCGGCGGGCAAGGCGAAGGAGUUGAGAGGCCUGUACUGGGACUGUAGGCAGGAUAUUGAGCGGGUGGUCGGCUACGGGAGGGAGAGGCUGAUGAAAGAAGGCAAGUACGUGCUCAGGAUGGAUUUCAUUGACGGCUAUCAGAACGAGCCGUAG